GGAAAUGAUUUAAUUAAAAUUCACGAGUCGAAUGUAAUAUGCGCAUUUGAAAGGGUUGGUUUCAGUUGAGUGGGCUGGGAUAAUAUUCUGCAUUGCUAAAUUAGGAACGAGAUGGUCGCUUUUCCUUGAGAAAGGUUAGAUCAAGGUUAAGAUUUUGAGGGGGAGGUGAAAGUAGUAUUUGAUGAAAUACGUGUUUUGAAAGCGUAAACAUCCUGUAAGCGCACAAGGCGAGACUUGUGAAACUUUCACUUGAUCAUUACAUUUCGAAGCGGUGAGGUUGGUGCUAUCAUCCUCCAUAAGGAUUACAAUGGAAGCUCGUAAUGAAUACCCAGAAGAUAUGGCUUUAUUUCAACCAAUUUCUUUGCAAGAUAUGUGUAUUCAAACUAUUUUAUCUUCGAUAUUAUGUAUAGCUGAACUGUAUAAUGUAGAACUGAAUAUUCCUCGUAUGAUUUUAAGAGAUAUAAUAGAGAAAGGUCGAUUCUGGAUUGAUUUUGAAAGUAGUUUCUCCUUAGAGAACAGAGAUGUAUUUUGGGAUGAAAGUUUAACUCUCUAUGAAAGAAUUCGAUUUAAUAAGUGGUUUUCUAAACAAUUUAUUGCCUGGUUUUUCUUUGAUGAUGAUGUUAUAUUUCUUUUACACCUAAAGAUUGCACAUAUCACAUUUGUAAAACAUGUAAUUGUUCAAAAUAAUGAGUCUAAUAUUUAUUUGAAAAGCUGCAACAAAUGUUUAGAAUUGUGGUUACGAUGUCAAACAGACACUACCAGAACGAAAUGUAAAAUUUUCAGAAAAUUCAAUCAUUUCUUAUGUUAUAAUGAAAGGGAUACCCUUUCUUAUAUGCGAAAUGAAGAUAACUGGUGUGAGAUAUGUAAGCAAAGUCCUCUGUAUUUCAUUUGCGACGAGAAUUCAUGUUGCAUUUCUUUUGGAAACUUGAUACACGAAUGUCCCCGAAUUAACCAUGAUCACUGUUAUAAUAAUUGCUAUGGAGGUUUUGUAGAAAACUUUUCUUUUAACUGUCAAAUAUGAACAAAAAUACUGAUACAUUAUGGCAAUAUUCUGAUUAAUCAUUUUUAUUUUAUAAACACCCUGAAAUUUUUGUUGAUAUGUAAUGAUUCCUUUUAUGUUUGUAACAAUGUGAAAUGUACUUUUUGUUUUAUUUGAUUACUUAUUGUAUUAUCAAUAUAACAUCUCACAUGGUGUAAUGAAGAUAAUGGGUUAGUUUCUAUAUAAAUUUACAACGAAAAAUCGUUUUGAUUUCUUUAAAUGUUCAUUUUAAUUUCUGAUACUUAUAUGCGAAAUGAAGAUAAUUGGUGUGAGAUAUGUAAGCAAAGUUCUCUGUAUUUGAUUUGCGACAGGAAUUUAUGUUGUAUUUCUUUUGUAAACUUGAUACACGAAUGUCUCGCGAAUUAACCAUGAUGACUGUUAUAAUAAUUGUUAUGGAGGUUAUGUAGAAAACUUUUCUUUUAACUGUCGAAUAUGAAUAAAAAUACUGACACAUUAAGGCAAUAUUCUGAUUUAUCAUUUUUAUUUUAUAAACACCCCCUCCAUGUAUGUUUCGACGAAAAAGAGGGGGGAGGGAAAGAAAUUUUUGUUGAUAUUUAAUGAUUCCAUUUAUGUUUGUAAUAAUGUGGAAUGUACUUUUUGUUUCAUUUGAUUACUUAUUGUAUUAUCAAUAUAACAUCUCACAUGGUAUAAUGAAAAUAAUGGGUUAGUUCCCAUAUUGGAUUUACAUCGAAAAAUCGUUUUGAUUUUUUUUAAAUGUUCAUUUUAAUUUUUGAUACCUUUAUAUAUUUUACAACAGUAAUAUGUUUUUUGUUUCAUUUGAUUUUUUCAUUGUAUCAUGCAUACAAGAAUGAUUAUUUUGUAUUAAGCUUCUGUAAUCCUUUAGAAAAAAAAUAAAAAAAUGGACCUUAUCCAAGAGGUCCGGU